AGAGCACGUUCGCCCCGACCGCUCUUUUUACGGACAUGUUGAUGUUGAGACACCACCCCCAGCAUGGGGCCCCCACCUUGGGGGACCCUCAUCACCUAUCGGGGCCACCGGUGGACCUGUCGGGUCAUUACGCGGCUUUUGCGGCCGGUCAGCCGCCUUUCACACAUUCAUGCAUCCUGGAGAUGCGGAAGGAGAAGUCCCGGGACGCUGCGCGAAGCCGGAGAGGGAAGGAGAAUUACGAAUUCUACGAGCUGGCCAAGCUGCUGCCCCUACCAGCCGCCAUCACGACGCAGCUGGACAAGGCUUCCAUCAUCCGGCUCAGCAUCAGCUACCUCAAGCUCAGGGACUUCAUCCAACACGGGGACCCGCCUUGGAACAGGGAGACGCCCGCCCACUCCAAGGUCAAAGGUGGAUCUCUGCGAUCACGUUCCACGUCGUCAAUCGCCAUGGAUAUCUUUGAACAACACCAAGGAACACACAUUCUACAAUCUCUGGACGGUUUUGCCUUUGCCUUGAGUGCGGACGGGCGGUUCCUUUACAUAUCAGAAACCGUCUCCAUCUAUUUGGGCCUCUCACAGGUAGAGAUGACGGGCAGCAGUGUGUUCGACUACAUCCACCAGCAGGACCAUGCUGAAUUGGCAGAGCAGCUGGGUAUUAACCUCGCCCAGUCUCAGUCCCAGAACAUGGCUUCCAGCCCUGGAUCCGUGGCUUCCGAUGAUGGGUCCUCGUCUUCCGCACCUGGAGUUUCCACACCGAACCUGGACAGACCGCUCCCUGUGAUGACGAUGAACAGCAACACCCUCUACAAAGGAAUGGACCGCUCCUUCUGCGUCCGGAUGAAGUCCACUCUCACGAAGAGGGGAUGCCACUUUAAGAGUUCAGGGUAUAGGGUUGUCCUGGUUCUGUCCCACAUGCGACCGCAUUACAGUUUCGGUGGCCACGCAGGCAGGGGGAAGCAGGGAGCGGUGAACGUGAUGGGGAUGGUGGCUAUGGCGAUCGCCCUCCCUCCCCCCUCUAUAAAUGAGGUGAGACUUGAGAGCGACAUGUUUGUCACGAGACUCACCUUCGAGUUCAGGGUGGCACAUUGCGAACCCAGGGUAUCUGAUCUUCUGGACUAUACAGCGGAGGAGCUAACGGGCAAAAACAUGUACACACUGUGCCACGGACAAGAUGUACAGAAGCUCAGGAAAUGUCACAUUGACUUAAUCAACAAGGGUCAAGUGAUGAGUGGCUACUAUCGUCUCAUGAAUAAAAGUGGCGGCUACACUUGGAUGCAGACUUGCGCCACUGUCAUCUGCAAUUCCAAGAACUCGGAUGAACAGAGUAUAAUUUGCGUCAACUACGUUCUCAGUGGUAUCGAGUAUGAGCACUGCAUUCUGGACUGCAGCCAGAUGCCGAAUUCCGGGAACCUCAAACCGGAUGAUCCUGGCAAUUCCGAAAGGGAAUCAUCGCCGGACGCAGACACGAGAGACGAAAAUUCUUCAAGAGACGGCACACCUAAACCCGCACCGACGACGAGUGGCGAUGGUUCUCAGCUGGUCAAAGAUCCACUCAGAACAGCUGGAGAAAGAUGUUCAAUUCAAGUAGAAUCCUCUACAGUUAAUCUCAACGGUUUCGAGAUGGAACCAAAACAGUUAGAUCUGUCUGUCGAUAUGGCGAGAUAUCCAGAAUCAAAACACUCGAAUCAUCACGUCUGCAUCGAUGGACAAACGCAUAGUAGGGUCAAAAAACGGCGGCUCCUCAGCAAUGGGCAACAACAUCAUCACAUAAUUCUGGGUGACCCAACCACUGACAGAAAGAGUCCACCCGACUCGAACAAUAAUGUUCUCUCUAGUCUAGCUAAUGCCACCAGCCCUCUGGAUAAUGGCGUGGAUCGGGUCACUCCAGACAGGACAGGCUCGCACAGGUCCUCUACUCCGCCAUCAGCAGGUGAUCUGGGCAAUGACAAAAUAGAUCGACCGUGGAAGAGAUCACCCAGCAAUAGUGCUAGUACCAGAACAGCCUAUAAUUCUUCUAGCGGUUCUGCAAUGUCAGUGAAAGAAUUGGAAGAUGUGAUGAACAAACACUUACCUUCUUCUUCUACACAGGACAGUCAGGAUCUGGGUAAAGGUCAACAGCAGAGGUCGACCAUCCAGUGGAUUGGUGCACCACAAACCACUCUCCCAGCCUCUUCUCUACUCAGACAAAUCUACGUCAAUAGGGAAUCUGUGAUCAGGUCCGGUACCCAUAUCAGUAGGCCGACUUACUAUGAAUCGCAAGGACCGUUGCCUACACCGCCUGGAAGCGGUUCUAACGAACCUUAUCCGGACCAAAAUCAAUUCAUGCUGCCCAGCAAAAUGGCAGCUGAAUCUUACGGCGUCAUAGCAGCUGGGUAUUCGACAGCCCCUGUCACUGUUACCAGUUAUAUGGACACUUACUCUGCUAUGACACCCCCAGCUUCAGUAUCACCGAGAGACAAGUUUCAUCCUGGUAUAUCAGACACAGCUGCAUUUAGUGAAGCUGCAGCUGCGGCUGCAGCAGCAGCUAUCCCUCAUAUGCACCACUACGUAUCGGACGGUGCAUUGCAGCAUCUUCCUUUGAAACCACAGGUGUUUGUACACCCAGGUAGUUUGGAUCCAGCUACCUAUGGACAUUCACAUUCGCAACAGAGCCUCAGCCCUGAGCAGCAGCAGCAACUAUACGCUCAUCAUGCCAGUGGAUUUCACUUAUAUCACCCGUCUUCGAGUAGUAAAACAUCUCAUCACACGGCAAAUGGCACAUCAUGGUAUUCCCAACCAAAUACAUAACUGAGCGUUAGUGAAUUCCUCUCUGGAAUACGCUGGAUGUAGGUCGGUCAUGUCUCAAGAUGGCGGGUUUAGUGAAUUUUGUACACGAAAUGAGCCAAGAUCAGGUUUGGCGUUUCUAAUGAAACAUUUCUUUUGCGCCAUUGAACCUUGAAAUUGUUGGAGAGAGUGGUUAAAAGAACGUGCGCAUUCCGUGUUCUAAACUGGAAUGCAGAGCACAUUAUGUCUUUUAUUGGGAAGAAAAAUAGAAAAUCAACUUGGACACAACUGUGCUAAGACAGAAGAGACAUUUUGAAAAGACGUCGUAUCAACAAAUAGCUUUCAAAGAUACAACAUCUUUUUAAUGUCUAGAAUUAGUAAGGAUGAUGAUGGACUACUCAUUAGUUGACCAGAGUAAUAAUUAACAUUCCAAGCUGGCGCUUCAAGAAAUUGUAGACAAACAGACCCUAGGUUCUAUCUGCUUUUGUAGCAAAGUAGUUCUAAAACCUGCAAUCAACAUUAGCGAAAUCUUGUCCGGUACUUCUUUGUUCUUAAAUCAAAUCACAUAUUAUUAAAAAAAAGAAGUGAUCACUCAUUCUCUUGUCACAAAACAUCGCUUUUCCAUCGGCAUUAUGUAGUUCAAAAAAAAAAAAAAAUUUUAUUCUUCUUCAAUAGUUGUGAACUGACAAAAAUUGUUUUAUCAGACAAUUCUUUUAAACGAUGAUCACAGCUUAGGUUCCUCAAAAUGGUCAGUUUGCAAAGACAUUUUAUUCCGAAUAGUACUCUACGAAGACAGGAAAAUCUUUUGCUUGAGCAAUCAAGAUGUGCAAUAUAUGAGAAUACAUGUAAAGUAGGCGUACGUUGGUCCUUGAAAUGAUGAAAAAUAGCAAAGACCAAGUUCAGUGAGAAAUCAAACGCUUGUAAAAUGUAAUUAUUGGGAACUUUUUUCUAUAUGAAUUACAUAUCUCUUUUCUUCUAUUAUUUGCUUAAUGACGAAAAUGUUAAUGAUUCUUUUUAGGAAAGGGAGAAAAUUUUGAUUGUAUAAAUUAAACAGUUUAAAAAAAAUUUAAUUACUUAACUGGAAUUAUUCUCUUUCGCUUUUUUUUAAAUAGAAAAAAGCAUUUAACCUUUUGCACUCGAGAGGUGACUCUCAGUCACUACUUACUUUAUUGCGGCAACUCGAGUAAAAACGGUCUCGAGUGCAAAAGAGUAAUUGGAAUUAAGGUAACAAAACUGUGGAGAAAGUUACGGGCUGUAAAUAGAGUUUAUUCAAUAAUAAUAAUUUGAGACCUUUUGAAGCUUUCAGAUUUCUGAAAAUCUCUUCCUGAUUCUAACCAUCACUCCCCCUAGAUGUUCAAAGAAAAAUGGUUCUUUCUUCCAAAUCAAAUAUGAUUUAUUACCAUAGGGCAAAAUAAAACAAAAUGGUAAUCAACACCUAUUGUGUUUAUAAUGUUUCACGAUUGAUGCAUAAAUGAAAGAAAUCAAAAGGAAAAUCUUCAAAAAAUUUUAAAAUCGUACAAUGUAAAAAUCGCCCCUUUGUAUGAAACAGUCUGUGCAUUAAUUAAAAUCUAAAAUAAAUCUUGUACACUGUUUUUUUUUUUCUAAAUAAAUAUUAGUUUCAUUGACAGUAUUUUGAGAUGAUGCAAUUCAGUUA